CAGCUCGUGUUCACGUUUCGGAAGACUCGGCCAUCCUAUUUCCGGGAUUUUCCAGUUUUCAGGACAUUUUCCCCGAUCCAAACCCUCGAAAAGUUUAUCGAGUCGAGAUGCUGCUCGCCGAACUCUCUUCCGGCUUUCUUCUCCUCUUCUGCGCUGCAUUUACUCGUGCCGAGUCCACUCCUCCAUAUGUGAAACAGUGCUCCAAACGCGACCCAGAGCUGAAGAAGUGCAUCUUAAAUGCCCUCCACCACCUGCGACCUUACCUGAAGGAUGGAAUUCCGGAAAUCGAGUUACCCCCUGUCGAGCCAUUUCGAAUGGGCGAGCUCACUCUAACGUUGACGGGAGGCACGAAUGGCUACAAAAUUCAACUUCAAGAGCUCUUUGUCAGAGGUGCCAGCAAUUACACGGUGGAGGACAUCAAACUGGGAUCACCCUUCGAGGCCAUCGUCCGAAUGCCCCGCCUCGACCUGGAAGCACAUUACUCUAGCUCCGGGGUUCUGAUAAUUCUGCCUGCGAGUGGGAAUGGCACUUUCCAAGCUCGCUUUGGGGACGCCAAAGUUUUGGUCCAAGGAUCCAUUUCGACGAGCUCGAGGAACGGAAAAACGUAUCUUCACGUUGAAGAACUCGACGUCGAGCUGAGUGUCAAGGACGUUAACAUGCGCGUCCACAAGAUCUUCAGGAACAACCGAAUCCUCACGGAGGCUAUUAACCUCUUCCUGCGGGAACACGGACAAGAAGUCCUGAAGGCGAUGCAACCGCAAUUGAAGAAAAAGCUCUCGGCGCUCUUCACCAGCAUCGUCAAUCAGCUUCUUCUUCACGUCCCCGUGGAAAUGAUCCUCUUGCCUUGAAGAAAACUUCCUUCUAUCAAAAAUCGGGUUUAAGAGUAGAUAGUUCCUCGACUGCGUCCUAAAAUUCGGAUUUUAAUGCGCCCCUGGCAAGACGGUCUCGGAAGAAAAUCAAAAAUGGCGACGCACUCUUCGUUUCAGUGGUGCACCCUCUGUAGAUUUACCCUAAGGUUAGGUAGAGCCUCGUUACGAGUAUUAAAUGUUAGUUGGAAGUUUAGAAAAUUAUUUCACCCCAGAGAAUGGAACCUUCUUGCAGUUUGCUAGCACUAAACGUCAGUCGAAAACAUGAAAGACGAUUUCAUGCCAAAUGUGGAAUUUUCCACGGUAUAUCAAAUUUUCGGUGACUCAUUUUACGGAAUCAUUAACUGACUUCGAGCUCCCGAGUGCCUUUACUAAAUGGCCCGAAAUGGAACGAAUCUCCUUUGAAAUCUGGCGAACACGUUUCGUGCACUUCGCAAUCCCGACGUUUUUUUUUUUUCGGUCCGGCCGAACAAGAUUACAUAAUCUAGAGAGUGUAAUGUAAUGUAGAGAGUGGAGCAGCAGUUAGUCCCUUCUUUUCGACGCAUUCUAUUCCUGCUCCCGCGUAACUGUGCCGGUAUUUUUCCGGUGGAGCUGGAAAUUGAGGUCUACGAAAACCUCGGCCGUAAAAAAAAAAUGGUAGGCGAACAAAUUCUUGUUAAAAAAAUUAUUCAAGUAUUUUUAUUCCUCUCGGUGGGACCGGAAUUGCUCUUUGUAAUUCGCGAUUCCGCGGACUUCCGGUCCCGAAUUUCCCUACCGACCGGAAA